AUGAGUUUGUGCUCAUCGAACUCCAAAGCCCUAUCACCGCUUCUUCUUCUUCUUCUUCUUCUUCUUCUUCUUCUUCUUCUUCUUCCUCACUCCCACUCUCACUCCCACCGCCAUGAAAGACCACCAAGAUACCCAAGAGCUUCACCCCGACACUAACAAGCGCAAGCUCGAACAGAACAUUCAAUUGGCUAAGCAGAAAGCUCAGGAAAUCGUUGCUAAGCUUGUGAGCAAUGCCGAGUCUAAACGCCCUCGCUUUGACUACGAACCCCCCUCUGCUGCCCCCGCCUCUCAAAAUCCACUGUCAUCCGCUUCCCCCUUUCCUGUUUCUUCUGGUACUCAAACAGGUCCAUACCAUGGUUUUCAAAGCACGAGUAAGAAAAUAAAUAUUCCAAAUAUUAAGGUUGGGUUGAUUAUUGGGAAAGGUGGAGAAACCAUCAAAUACCUUCAACUCCAGUCAGGGGCUAAAAUUCAGAUCACCAGAGAUUUCGAAGCUGAUCCUCAAUCUCUGACAAGAGAUGUGGAAUUAAUGGGCACUUCAGAACAAGUUAGCAGGGCAGAACAGCUUAUCAAUGAAGUAAUGGCAGAGGCAGAUUCAGGAGCUUCUCCUGCAACCACAAAUCAGGGAAUGACCUCAAGUCAACCUGGAGUUGAGCAGUUCGUAAUGAAGAUUCCUAAUAAUAAGGUUGCACUUGUCAUUGGAAAGGGAGGCGAGACUAUAAAGAGCAUACAGAGUAAGUCAGCAGCUCGUGUUCAGGUUAUCCCUUUGCACCUUCCUCCCGGAGAUACAUCGACAGAGAGAAAUGUUUAUAUUAAUGGGCUGAAGGAGCAGAUUGAGUCAGCUAAAGAAUUGAUUAAUGAAGUAAUGAGUGGGAAACGUCUGGUGAAUACAUCUGAAACUACUAGCUAUGCCCAAUCAACUUAUCCCCCUCCUACCAAUUGGUCUCAAGCUGGACAACAACCUCCCUUGCAGCAACAGCAACAACAACCCCAAUAUGGAUAUGCGCCAGGAACCUAUCCUCCGCCCCCAGGGCCUCCGUAUUAUAGUAACUAUCCAACUCAAGUAGGAAGCUGGGAUCAUGCGAACCAAGCAAGUAUUCAGCCAUCAGAACAAAGUACAGGAUAUAAUUACUAUGGCCAACAGUCUCAGGUUGGGUCAGCUCCUCCAUAUCCUGGCUAUGGUUAUGGUCAGCCAGGUUCAGUCGCCACUCAUGGUUAUGAUCAGACCUACUCCCAACAGGUAUCGAGUUAUGGGCAAAACUACUCGGACCAAAUUCCACCUUACGAUCAGCAGAACAUGUACCUUAACUCCGGAGGUGCACCACCUGGUGUGCUAUCAACAAAUGGAACCGACACUGAAGGUACAUAUACGACUGCAGCAUACCAAGUUUCCGACAGCCAGCCAGUUGUCAACUCUAUGAACGGUUACUGGACGUACCCGAGCGACCUGACCCAAUCACUUCCUCAGACAGGGAAUGACCAGUCUGGUUAUUAUCAAACAGUAAGCGGGGGACAGGAGCAGCCUCCCGUCGCUUUUCAACCUGUCUACGCACAGAGUGGGUACCCUCCUCCACCAGGCGUGUAUGCUCAGGAAGUAACCCUCUCGGCCCCGGCUAUGACUCAUACCCAACCACAACCACAACCACCAGCUCUUCCACAGACAGAGGCUCAAACCCAACCACAACCACCUGCUCCUCCACAGCCAGAGGCUCAAACCCAAUCACAACCACCACCAGCUCUUCCACCGACAGAGGCUCAAACCCAGCCACAAUCGCCAGCUCCUCCACAGACGGAGGCUCAAACCCAACCAGAACCACCGUCACAUGAACUGAGUUGAAUCAUUUGGAGAUUAGAAUUCAAACGAAGGACAAGUGCAGGAAACUGCGAAUUCAAAAAGUUGACCAUGGGGUGAAUCGGGUGUAACUUACCUAAAACUCUUAUUGUUAUUUGUGCUCUUUUUAUAACUGAUAUACAUAUUUUGAUAGCCAUUUAGGACC